AUGCCAGCUGCCACAGCACAGCGUUCGGUCCUUGAGUUUGGUUUCCACCGGAUUAUAUGCCGCCCUGUUCCCGCGGCUUCAUCGAACCAUCACUUCCGUGCGAGGAAUGAAUGGGCUUUGAACAUUCUCGAUGUCCAUCCCUUUUUUCGGGACCUCUCCAGCUCCCGCGCCGGCGAGAUCCUCCAGCAUGUCCGACAGAUACGGUUCAGCGCUCCUAUUCACAUUGCUAGGUUCCACCGUUGGACCUGUCUCCCAGCCGGAAUUCUGGACACCAACGGAUACCUGGUCCGCCACCAGCAACGGAUCCAUUCGCUUUGCUUGAUCACCGACGGCACCUGUCCUCAUGCCGGCCGUCGUCUAGAGGGCCUGUCGAGUUUGACGGCACUGACUGACCUGGAAUGGGAAGGCAUUCAGCGUCCAUUCGAAAUGCGCACCUUGUGCGAGUGUCUCCGACAAAAUCAUCGGCGGCUGAAGGCGGUAUCCAUUGGACUUCUGUUGGAUCCGAACGUACCCACAUCCCAUGAGGAUAUUCUGGAGGUCUUCUGGCCACCUCGAGCGCAGGACGACUGCACGCCGGGCGAGCGGGAAUGGUUCCCAUCUCUCAUAUCCUUGACAUUCUCUCGCCUCCCGUUCCCCGACAGUCUGCUGCCGGGCGGCCAACCGUCACCGUUCCGCGCGCUCGAGGCACUAACGAUCCGAGACUGUCCCAACGAGCAGCGCUUCCUGCAGCUGUUGGCGCGAGCCAAGGAUCCGUUGACCCUCCAGCACUUCGAGAUCUGCAGUAACUACCUGCGCGAUUCAGAGGACCGAUUGGCGUCCAUUGCGAUCGUCGAAUUUCUACUCUCAUUUCGUGGCUUGCGACGGCUGUACCUGAAGGUGGCCAACUUUCCCCGGUUCCUGCCGGGUCUUGGUGAUGCCAUCAAACAUCACCAAGCCACGCUCCACGGUCUGGUUUUUCACGAGCAUCGGCUGAUGCCAAUCGACACUGAAAGGCUGUUUGAAGAUCUUCGCGAUGUGAAUAUGGCAUCCCCCAAUAUUCCACAGAUCCUACGGCAUAGUUCCCCCGCCGCUCUUGGCCUCUGUCUUCGCCCGGCCAGCGCGCGAGGUCUUCUUUUAGACAUCCCGGAACGCUCGACAAUAAGAUUACUCCACCUCCGGUUAAGUGGAGAGGAGAGGAACCAUCGGCAUCUCCGCAGAGAGGUCCUCUCAGAGCUGCGGAGAAAUGCGGAAGGGGGGCUAUGGUCCAGGUCGAGACAUGGACCAACAGUCGCAGGCUUCCACCUCAAGCCCGCUCAGAAACGGUCGGAAGCCCAAGAUUUCCUCCUGCUUGCUCAGUGGGCUUUUGGACCUACAGGACUUCCUGCCUUGCAGAUACUCGCCUUCGGUGACUUUUCGCAUGAUGGCCGCUAUAGAGAACAACAGAUCUUGAUCCGGUGGAGGAGGAUCGGUGAGCAGCCUUACCCGAGAGUUUCAUCGGACAGGGAAUACAGCAUAAGCUCAUCGUUUUGCCUGGUCGAUAGCGACGACUAUUCUCUCUGGGAGGGCCUGCCAUUGGAUGGGACUCAGUUUCUGUCUGCAUGUCCUGGCACGGGGUUGAUGGAGUCCCCCUACGACCUUUAG